AUGGCAAACUCAGCAACCCCUCUGAUUUUGCUCGUGCUCAUCUCUCUACUGGCAGCCAUUGAAGGAGUUCAAAACUCCACAGAGCUGAAGUGGGCCAAGAAGCUCAAGACGAGAAAGAAGACGACGUCGUCGGAGACAGUGACCAACCUCCAGUUCUACUUCCACGACACUGUCAGCGGGAAGACCCCAAGCGCCGUGCGUGUAGCCCAAGCCACAGGCACCGAGAAGUCCCCCACCCUUUUCGGAGCUUUGCUUAUGGCGGAUGACCCGCUUACUGAAACAGCCGACCCGAACUCCAAGCUCGUGGGUCGGGCCCAAGGACUGUACGGGUCAUCUUGCCAGCAAGAGCUUGGGCUGAUUAUGGCCAUGAACUUUGGGUUCACGGAUGGCAUGUACAACGGUAGCUCUAUUAGUAUUCUGGGUAAGAACUCGGCUAUGAACCCCGUUCGGGAGAUGCCGGUCGUGGCUGGAACCGGGGUUUUCCGGUUGGGCCGGGGGUAUGCAAUUGCCAAGACACAUUGGAUUGAUUUUACCACGGGUGAUGCAAUUGUUGGGUACAAUGUUACUGUAAUUCACUAG